UAUCCGGGUCCUGGAAACGUCGCGGGGCUUGUUUGCUGUGCGGCGUAGCGGCCCCUCUCUCAGACAGUCGUGUGUGCGCCGUGAGACUUUGGACCUAUUGCGCAGGCGUCAUCCUGUUGGAACCUGGUCAGCUAGGUUAGAGAGAUUGCUACAUGCCAGCCUGGCCUGAGUCUUUUCUGUCUCCCAGCCGUUAAAGGUUUUGAGACCAGGCAGGCACCCCGUGCAGGAUUUGGCUCUCUACUUCUCCUGCUCGCCCCAGCCCUUCAUCCCUUCUAAGUCAGUGUCAGACUUUGGGGCCAGAAAGUCUGGAAAAGCCCUAAGUCUGGCUGCCCAAGUGGCGUCUAGUAGUGAGUUCUCCGGUUUGGGUGGUAUUUAAGCAAAGGCUGGAAUUCGGCGGUGGUGGAGUACACGCGAUUCCUAGACUGGGUAGUGUAACAACCUUCAAAGGCCCCUUCUAGCCUUGAAGAGUACGAUGCUGCAGUAGAAUCUGGCUGGAGACCUAGCCUCCAGCAAAGACCCGGCCAGCACUUCCCACUCUUAACCGAAAACGGAGACAGAGAGGGACUCAUUGCGUACACGCCCUCACCGCCGCCCAGUUUCGGUUCCUAACAAAAGCACGUUCCUCAUCAGCCACCCAUAAUCAAGACAAAUUUGCCAAAGAAAUCAUUGUAGAAACGCUAGUUUGGGCCUGAAAAAUUCCAGAAGCAAGAGUCAAGAUUUGUCACUCCAUGAGGAUCUGGAGGGGACUCCCUUCCCAGAAACUUGACGAUGAAGUACUGGUUGUAAUUUUAGAAAGACACCCAAUCGGCUUUUUUAAAAGAUCGCCCAGGGCCCUUGUCCUGAGAGCUGGGAGCUGGUCGGAGUGACAGAGAAGCUAUGGAAGCAGCUGUGAAAGAGGAAAUAAGUGUUGAAGAUGAAGCUGUAGAUAAAAACAUUUUCAGAGACUGUAACAAGAUCGCAUUUUACAGGCGUCAGAAACAGUGGCUUUCCAAGAAGUCCACCUAUCAGGCAUUACUGGACUCAGUCACAACAGAUGAAGACAGCACCAGGUUCCAAAUCAUCAAUGAAGCAAGUAAGGUUCCUCUCCUGGCUGAAAUUUAUGGUAUAGAAGGAAACAUUUUCAGGCUUAAAAUUAAUGAAGAGACUCCUCUAAAACCCAGAUUUGAAGUUCCUGAUGUCCUCACAAGCAAGCCAAGCACUGUAAGGCUGAUUUCAUGCUCAGGGGACACAGGCAGUCUGAUAUUGGCAGAUGGAAAAGGAGACCUGAAGUGCCGUAUCACAGCAAACCCAUUCAAGGUAGACUUGGUGUCUGGAGAAGAGGUUGUGAUUAGCAUAAAUUCCCUGGGCCAAUUAUACUUUGAGCAUCUACAGAUUCUUCACAAACAAAGAGCUGCUAAAGAAAAUGAGGAGGAGGCAUCAGUGGACACCUCUCAGGAAAAUCAAGAAGAUCUGGGCCUGUGGGAAGAGAAAUUUGGAAAAUUUGUGGAUAUCAAAGCUAAUGGCCCUUCUUCUAUUGGUUUGGAUUUCUCCUUGCAUGGAUUUGAGCAUCUUUAUGGGAUCCCACAACAUGCAGAAUCACACCAACUUAAAAAUACUGGUGAUGGAGAUGCUUACCGUCUUUAUAACCUGGAUGUCUAUGGAUACCAAAUAUAUGAUAAAAUGGGCAUUUAUGGUUCAGUACCUUAUCUCCUGGCCCACAAACUGGGCAGAACUAUAGGUAUUUUCUGGCUGAAUGCCUCGGAAACACUGGUGGAGAUCAAUACAGAGCCUGCAGUAGAGUACACACUGACCCAGAUGGGCCCAGUUGCUGCUAAACAAAAGGUGAGAUCUCGCACUCAUGUGCACUGGAUGUCAGAGAGUGGCAUCAUUGAUGUUUUUCUGCUGACAGGACCUACACCUUCUGAUGUCUUCAAACAGUACUCACACCUUACAGGCACACAAGCCAUGCCCCCUCUUUUCUCUUUGGGAUACCACCAGUGCCGCUGGAACUAUGAAGAUGAGGAGGAUGUAAAAGCAGUGGAUGCAGGGUUUGAUGAGCAUGACAUUCCUUAUGAUGCCAUGUGGCUGGACAUAGAGCACACUGAGGGCAAGAGGUACUUCACCUGGGACAAAAACAGAUUCCCAAACCCCAAGAGGAUGCAAGAGCUGCUCAGGAGCAAAAAGCGUAAGCUUGUGGUCAUCAGUGAUCCCCACAUCAAGAUUGAUCCUGACUACUCAGUAUAUGUGAAGGCCAAAGAUCAGGGCUUCUUUGUGAAGAAUCAGGAAGGGGAAGACUUUGAAGGGGUGUGUUGGCCAGGUCUUUCCUCUUACCUGGAUUUCACCAAUCCCAAGGUCAGAGAGUGGUAUUCAAGUCUUUUUGCUUUCCCUGUUUAUCAGGGAUCUACGGACAUCCUCUUCCUUUGGAAUGACAUGAAUGAGCCUUCUGUCUUUAGAGGGCCAGAGCAAACCAUGCAGAAGAAUGCCAUUCAUCAUGGCAACUGGGAGCACAGAGAGCUCCACAACAUCUACGGUUUUUAUCACCAAAUGGCUACUGCAGAAGGACUAAUAAAACGAUCUAAAGGGAAGGAGAGACCCUUUGUUCUUACACGUUCUUUCUUUGCUGGAUCACAAAAGUAUGGUGCCGUGUGGACAGGCGACAACACAGCAGAAUGGAGCAACUUGAAAAUUUCUAUCCCAAUGUUACUCACUCUCAGCAUUACUGGGAUCUCUUUUUGCGGAGCUGACAUAGGCGGGUUCAUUGGGAAUCCAGAGACAGAGCUGCUAGUGCGUUGGUACCAGGCCGGAGCCUACCAGCCCUUCUUCCGUGGCCAUGCCACCAUGAACACCAAGCGACGAGAGCCCUGGCUUUUUGGGGAGGAACACACCCAACUCAUCCGAGAAGCCAUCAGAGAGCGCUAUGGCCUCCUGCCAUAUUGGUAUUCUCUGUUCUACUAUGCACAUGUGGCUUCCCAACCUGUCAUGAGGCCUCUGUGGGUAGAGUUCCCUGAUGAACUGAAGACUUUUGAUAUGGAAGAUGAAUACAUGCUGGGGAGUGCAUUAUUGGUUCAUCCAGUCACAGAACCAAAAGCCACCACAGUUGAUGUGUUUCUUCCAGGAUCAAAUGAGGUCUGGUAUGACUAUAAGACAUUUGCUCAUUGGGAAGGAGGGUGUACUGUAAAGAUCCCAGUAGCCUUGGACACUAUUCCAGUGUUUCAGCGAGGUGGAAGUGUGAUACCAAUAAAGACAACUGUAGGAAAAUCCACAGGCUGGAUGACUGAAUCCUCCUAUGGACUCCGGGUUGCUCUAAGCACUAAGGGUUCUUCAGUGGGUGAGUUAUAUCUUGAUGAUGGCCAUUCAUUCCAAUACCUCCACCAGAAGCAAUUUUUGCACAGGAAGUUUUCAUUCUGUUCCAGUGUUCUGAUCAAUAGUUCUGCUGACCAAAGGGGUCAUUAUCCCAGCAAGUGUGUGGUGGAGAAGAUCUUGGUCUUAGGCUUCAGGAAGGAGCCAUCUUCUGUGACUACCCACUCAUCUGAUGGUAAAGAUCAGCCUGUGGCUUUUACGUAUUGUGCCAAAACCUCCACCCUGAGCCUGGAGAAGCUCUCACUCACCAUUGACACUGACUGGGAGGAAAUUUGCGAGAAUCCCCGAUUUAUCAUUGAUGGAGCCAACAGAACUGACAUCUGUCAAGGAGAGCUAGGGGACUGCUGGUUUCUCGCAGCCAUUGCCUGCCUGACCCUGAACCAGCACCUUCUUUUCCGAGUCAUACCCCAUGAUCAAAGUUUCAUCGAAAACUACGCAGGGAUCUUCCACUUCCAGUUCUGGCGCUAUGGAGAGUGGGUGGACGUGGUUAUUGAUGACUGCCUGCCAACGUACAACAAUCAACUGGUUUUCACCAAGUCCAACCACCGCAAUGAGUUCUGGAGUGCUCUGCUGGAGAAGGCUUAUGCUAAGCUCCAUGGUUCCUACGAAGCUCUGAAAGGUGGGAACACCACAGAGGCCAUGGAGGACUUCACAGGAGGGGUGACAGAGUUUUUUGAGGUCAGGGAUGCUCCUAGUGACAUGUACAAGAUCAUGAAGAAAGCCAUCGAGAGAGGCUCCCUCAUGGGCUGCUCCAUUGAUGAUGGCACGAACAUGACCUAUGGAACCUCUCCUUCUGGUCUGAACAUGGGGGAGUUGAUUGCACGGAUGGUGAGGAAUAUGGAUAACUCGCUGCUCCAGGACUCAGACCUCGACCCCAGAGGCUCAGAUGAAAGACCGACCCGGACAAUCAUUCCGGUACAGUAUGAGACAAGAAUGGCCUGCGGGCUGGUCAGAGGUCACGCCUACUCUGUCACAGGGCUGGAUGAGGUCCUGUUCAAAGGUGAGAAAGUGAAGCUGGUGCGGCUGCGGAAUCCCUGGGGCCAGGUGGAGUGGAACGGUUCUUGGAGUGAUAGAUGGAAGGACUGGAGCUUUGUGGACAAAGAUGAGAAGGCCCGUCUGCAGCACCAGGUCACUGAGGAUGGAGAGUUCUGGAUGUCCUAUGAGGAUUUCAUCUACCAUUUCACAAAGUUGGAGAUCUGCAACCUCACGGCCGAUGCUCUGCAGUCUGACAAGCUUCAGACCUGGACAGUGUCUGUGAACGAGGGCCGCUGGGUACGGGGUUGCUCUGCCGGAGGCUGCCGCAACUUCCCAGAUACUUUCUGGACCAACCCUCAGUACCGUCUGAAGCUCCUGGAGGAGGACGAUGACCCUGAUGACUCGGAGGUGAUUUGCAGCUUCCUGGUGGCCCUGAUGCAGAAGAACCGGCGGAAGGACCGGAAGCUAGGGGCCAGUCUCUUCACCAUUGGCUUUGCCAUCUACGAGGUGUGCAAUCCUGAUUGGCUCCAGCCCAGGAAACAUACUUUCCCAGCGAGGACGCUUCCAGGGGCUUCUAGAGGGGCCCUCUGGCUUCCUCAAUACCCAGUGACCCACAGAGCUCCUGGUAUCAGGACCACGUGUGUUUGUAACAAGCAAAAAAUACCAAGGGGGGCAUUAGAGAGGCAGUGGAGCGGGCCUGGCAGAACAGGUGCCUGGGGGUCAGGCUUCCGCAUGCAGGCUGCAGUUGCUGGCAUUGCCUUCCGCAGGCUCCUCAUCCUCAUUCACAUCUGAAGCAUCUUCCUUUCUGUUUCUUCUCAAGGUUCCCAAAGAGGUAUAGCAGCAGCAGCGGCCAGCAGUUGUGUGCAGCACUACCCAGGGGGCCCCGAGUCUGUCUGUGGCUCGUCGAGAAGCUUCCUGGUGGGGUUUGUGGGCAGGACUGUGAUAGGAGAGGGCCUUGCCUGUGUUAUUUCCACUGCAGAGCAGGUGCCUCAGGGCAUUGCAUGACCCAUGACUACCACCCUCAGGAUGUGCACUUUCUCCCUCGCACCAGACACUCUGCACGUCACACACACGACUUUGCACACUCACCCUCCUCCACGCUUACAGCCACACACACAGUCACACAGACGCGUUCUGAGGGUGGCUGCCCGCUUGGGAUGGAGGAAUCACUUCCCUCAGAACCCAGCCAAGUCCUCUAGGCCUCCUUAGGGGUCCUUCCAGCCUGAGGGGCUUCGGAGCUGAGGAGCAGCUGUUCUGGUAAGUGUCCCUGAGUGUGGGGAUGACACAUUUGCCAUUCACUCUGAAUCACAACAGAAAAGGAAGAGGAAGUGAGGUAGGGAGGCUAUUUAAGCCUUGGGAGUCGGAAGUAGGGAGGUUGAAACUGUGACAUGGGUGACCAGGGAGUUGGGAAGGGACCCUUGGAGGCGGCUGUGGCAGGACAGGACGUCCCUCCCGAGGGGCUCAUGUGCCCUGGGCUCUCCCCA